AUGACACUGCGCUAUGAUGAAAUACUUGCUGAUAAUUCUUUCGGACAAAUAAUCGGACCAACAACAUAUCAUAUAAAUAAUAAUACUAUACCUUCUUCUUCAAUGACAACUAAUAGUGAUAUAAUGACAGAGGAAAACAAGCCAUUAUCUCUUACAGAAGAAUAUGAUUUUCCUCUCGAAGAUUUAUUUAAUAUGGCUCGACAUUUUCUUAAAGAAAAACAAGGAAGCAAGGCUAUUCAAUUAAAAUAUACAGAAAAUGUACGUUUUGUUGCUCUAUCAAAACAAGCAACAAUUGGAAAAUGGGAUUCAUCUCAUACGCAAAGUGUUGGUCUUCUUGAUGUUGUUGGUAAUGAUCGAAAACAAGCAUGGAUAACAUUAGGAGAUAUGUCAAAAGAUCAAGCAAAAGAAGAAUUUGUUAAAUUAUUAUUAGAACGUUGCCCAACUUUUCGACUUCAUUUAGAAGCACAUCAUGUUGAAAAUGAAGAAAAAGAACGAUUAAAGUAA